AUGAAGGUGGACAAGUUCUGGGCCUUGCUGACAGCUACAGCGAGUUUUGGGAUCGGGCUUGUUAAUGCAGACGAUGAUGAUUUGAGUGUCGGUUCACUUGAUUCUACAAAAGCCGCUGCAACCGCUAUCACCCGUGGUGCAGCGAGAUACUACAGAGGCAAUGAACCUGGCGAAUCGCCUGGUAUCCUGCCCAGACCGUAUACCUGGUGGCACUCGGCAGUAUUGUUCGGGAGCCUGGUGGACUAUUGGCAUUUCACUGGAGAUUCAUCGUACAACGACAUGAUCAAGCAAGGGCUAUUGGCCCAGGCUGGACAGAAUCAAGAUUACCAGCCCGCCAAUCAGUCUGCCGGCUUAGGUAACGAUGAUCAAGCCCAGUGGGGUUUGGCAGCAUUGUCAGCUGCCGAAUUCUCAUUUGACGCUCGUUCUGAUGAAUGGGCUGGGUUCGCCAGGCUUGUUUUUCAGACCCAAGCUAGGCGCUGGGACGACGAGAAAUGUCGUGGAGGGCUUAAUUGGAGAGUAAAUACUUUUUCCGACGGACAUAGUGUUAAAAAUAGCAUGUCUAACGGCGCAUUCUUUGAAUUGAGUUCGAGAUUGGCUCGAUACACGAACAACCAAACCUAUGCAGAAUGGGCGGGGAAGGCCUGGGAUUGGAUGUCGGACAUUGGGUUGCUAACGGACGACUUUAAGGUUUUUGAUGCUGCCGAUGGCAAUACUGAUUGCAAGGAGAUCAAUGAUGACCAGUGGAGUGCUAAUGUUGGCUCCCUUUUGUCUGGCGCGGCUAACAUGUACAAUAUGACAAACGGAGAUUCAACCUGGAAAUCUCGCGUUGAGGACCUGUUCAAGGGAGCGAGCAUUUUCUUCAAACGCGAUAUCAUGUUCGAACCUGCCUGCGAACCGGACGAGAAGUGCGAUAUUCGGCGGAAAACUUUCAAGGCGAUCCUGUCCAAGGCCCUUAGGAACACAGUGCAACUGGCCCCUUUUAUGAACGACCUUGUUCUGCCGAAAGUCGAGGCUUCUGCCAGGGAGGCUGUGGACGAAUGUGAUGAAGAAGAUGGAUAUCACAUGUGUAGCUACGACUGGGUAGACGUCGAUAACGACCGUGAUGACAAAGACGACGACAAUGAUGAUGAUGAGACGCUUGGAGAACAAUUGUCUGUGCUUCAAAUUGUUCUAGCCAAGCUUGCUGGAAUGGGAGAGGGUACUCCGCCCGGCAGACAAUCUUCCCCUGGCGGCUCUCCUGGCGGAGCAAAUUCCAGAGGAACGCCCACCAACGGAGCACCGCCCAGUGCUUCAUCUCCCAACGCCGCGUCGUCAGUUAUGGAUUUGGACAUCCGGCAAUGGGGUGCAAUUGUUGGAAUGACCGCUUUAGCUGCCAUGCUUGCCAAAUGUUAUACUGGCCGCUUGAUCCCCUCAACCCAGUUUGUCAAUGUCUCCCUCUAUCAAAUACUAACAUUGAAAAACUUACUAGACUUUUGCAUGCUCUUUUUAAUUGCAAUGUUUGAUUCACUCUUUCACAUUUUAAACACCUGGAAAGCGAGGGCCUGGGAUAAGAAACCAUCGGCCUCCCCCGCUGCAUCACAAGAGUACGAACCUAUUCCUGAGGACUAUCCCAUAUUUCCUCCCCCACCUCCAGAAGAGAUUAUCAAAGACCUCCAGAGGUAUUCUUCUAUUGUGGCCUUGCGUAAAUAUGCGGCACCUAGAGGCAUUUUCCAGGACAGCUCACUCUAUACCUUGUACCGCCUGUAUGAGUACUUUGUGCUUGACGAAGUAUUUGUUGGGGGUCCCGCGGUUGGUCGGCCCUUCUACCAGCAGUGCGCUGGUGGUGAUUGA